AUGGAUGUGGUUAAGGCUGUGGAAACUUAUAUCAACAAGUUGGUCUCAACACCCUCGUCCAUGAAAGUGUUGCUAUUAGACACACAUACGACCCCUAUUGUGUCACUAGCAACAACACAAUCCUCCUUACUCUCACAUCAGGUCUAUCUGACGGACCGGAUAGACAACAAGAAACGAGACCGCAUGGCACACAUGAAGUGUGUCUGUUUUCUACAGAACAGCGAAGACAGCCUCAGCGCGCUAGAGGAAGAACUGAGAGAACCUAAAUACGGAGAGUAUUAUCUGUAUUUCAGUAACAUCUUAACUAAAACUGCGAUUGAAAGACUGGCCCAGGUGGAUGAAUUCGAAGUCGUGCGCGAGGUGCAGGAAUAUUUUGCUGACUAUGCUCCAAUAUUGCCAUGCCUCUUUUCUUUGAACCACACACCCUCUGUAGCCAACCCCUUGUAUGGAUCAACGGUCAAUUCAUGGGACCCUAGGGCACUCGAGCUCGCUAUGCAAGGUAUUACGGCCGUACUCCUAAGUUUGAAGAAGAAACCUGUGAUUCGCUACGAAAAAAUGAGCCCUAUGGCGAAAAAACUGGGAAUCGAAAUCCAGCAUCGCAUGCAGUCUGAAUCAUCCCUUUUCGACUUCCGUCUAACUCAGGUCCCACCACUCUUUCUCAUCCUCGACCGGCGUAAUGACCCUGUCACCCCACUGUUAUCUCAAUGGACAUACCAAGCAAUGGUCCAUGAGCUUUUGGGAAUUCAUAAUGGGAGAGUCGAUUUGAGCAAGGUUCCUGACAUUCGACCGGAACUAUCUGAAAUUACUCUUACAACAAGUGUUGAUCCGUUUUUCCAAUCCAACUAUCUCGCAACAUUUGGCGACUUGGGAUCUUCCUUGAAAGAUUAUGUUCAAGAAUACCAGACCAAAUCAUUGGCUCAAUCCCCAUCUUCAAUCAAUUCUAUCGCCGAUAUGAAACGAUUUGUUGAGGAGUAUCCAGAAUUUAGGAAGCUAGGAGGAAAUGUCAGCAAGCAUGUUGCUUUGGUCGGGGAACUGAGCAGACUUGUAGGCCGAGACAAGCUGCUAGAGGUCGGUGAAGUCGAACAGGGACUAGCGACAAGUUCGGGAGCGGAUUUAAAGGCUGUUCAAGAUAUGAUCACCAAUACCGGAGUCCCACCUUGGAACAAACUGCGGCUCGUUAUGUUGUAUGCUUUGCGCUACCAGAAAACGCACACGGCCAACAUCGCGUCUUUGAUUAAUUUGAUGCUGGAGAAUGGUGUUACUCGAGAAGAUGCCAAACUGGUUUACGUGCUCCUUAACGUUGCGGGAGCUGACCAGAGGCAGGAUGACCUUUUUUCAACAGAGUCAUUAUUGGCGAAAGGUCGUUCAGCAUUGAAAGGUCUCAAGGGUGUUGAGAACGUGUAUACCCAACAUACACCACACUUGUCACAGACCCUUGAAAAUCUGUUCAAGGGGAGAUUACGAGAUACUAGCUACCCCUUCUUAGAUGGCUCGGGGCCCAACGCUGCAUUACAGAGGCCACAGGACGUUAUUAUUUUUAUGAUUGGAGGUACCACAUACGAGGAAGCUAGGACUGUCACUCUCUUCAAUCAAGACCCGGUCGCUGCGUCCAAUGGCGGUGUCGUAAACCCAGCAGGGAUACGCCUUCUGUUAGGCGGUACAUGUGUGCACAAUUCAUCAUCAUAUAUUGAAAUGUUGCGGUCGGCAGCGCUUAAAUUCCCAGCGUCAGUGUACGACCCGCCACCGGAGUCUGCUACGAAUGCGCCGAUAUUGAAUCUUAACCUCGGAGGAGUAAAUGUAAGUUUAGGAGGCGCUGCUGGCACUGGAGUAUAUCGAUCCAGCGGGGAAGGUGUUGGCGUCCAGGCUGAUGGGAUCCGGGAUGGGGUCAUGAACCUUCUUGGAAAGGUGAAGCAGGGAGCUGUACGCCCGGAACAGGUAUCCUUUUCAAUGGCGAAAGGUCUCUUUGCGAGUCUUAAGGGCGUUGAUGCCUUUGGAAAGACUACUGAGGAUGUAAAGGUUAAAACGAGGACUGGGGCCCUUUUAACGAUUAUCUCGGCCGCUAUUAUUCUGUCCGUCACCAUGAUUGAGUUUCUCGACUACCGCAGAGUAAACGUCGACACAUCGAUUGUCGUAGACCGAAGCAGAGGCGAGAAGUUGACUGUCAAUCUUAAUAUCACCUUCCCAAGAGUACCCUGCUACCUCGUCAGCGUAGAUGUUAUGGAUAUCAGUGGAGAGCUUCAGAGAGAUAUCUCACACAAUGUCCUCAAAACACGACUUGACAGUCUCGGCGUGGCGGUUCCCAACUCAUUUAACGCGGAACUGAGAAACGAUUUGGAUAAAUUGAACGAUGUCAAGAAGGAUAAUUACUGCGGGUCCUGCUACGGUGGUUUGGAGCCGGAAAGCGGAUGCUGUAAUACUUGUGAGGAGGUCCGGACGGCGUAUGUGAACCGUGGAUGGAGUUUCGCCAACCCAGACGCUAUCGAACAGUGCAAAAACGAGGGAUGGGCGGACAAACUAAAGGAGCAGGCUGAUGAGGGCUGCAAUAUCUCUGGUCGAAUUCGUGUCAACAAGGUCAUUGGCAACAUCCAUUUCUCACCCGGCCGCUCUUUCCAGACCAACACCCGAAACUUAUAUGAACUUGUUCCAUAUCUCCGAGAUGACCAGAACCGCCACGAUUUCUCACACACUAUUCAUCAUUUCGCCUUUGAGGGUGAUGAUGAAUAUGACUACUGGAAAGCUGAGGCCAGUAAGGAGAUGAAGAAGCGAAUUGGAAUCAACACCAAUCCACUUGACGGGUCUGUUGGCCGCACCGUAAAAGCCCAAUAUAUGUUCCAAUACUUCCUUAAAGUCGUCUCGACGCAAUUCCGUACCUUGAACGAUGCUCAGAUUAUCAACUCGCAUCAGUACAGCACAACACACUUUGAGCGUGAUCUCAGUGAGGGUAUUAACGGAGAUACACCCGCUGGUCUACACGUUCAACACGGUGUCACUGGUCUGCCAGGCGCUUUCUUCAACUUUGAGAUCUCGCCUAUCCUCGUAGUACAUGCUGAAACUCGUCAAUCAUUUGCGCACUUCCUGACAUCGACAUGUGCGAUUGUCGGAGGAGUUCUCACCGUCGCAUCUCUGCUCGACGGCAUUCUCUUCGCCACAGGGCGCGCGCUGAAGAAGUCAGGUGUUUCAUCAUCAGGCGGCGGGUAUGGAGGAAAGCUCAUGUAA